CUAACGGUAAAGCUGCCGCAACAGUGAAGGCUUGGGAGUUGCAGAUCCCAAGUUCGAAUCCAAGCGAGGCCCGUUGGUGUUCCCGGAGGUACAAGGCUGCUGGGGGCGAAGCCCCGUUGGCGUCAAAUUAAAUGCAAGUGGCCCCCAGGUUUAGUAGGAUCCGCUGUCACAAAGUGGCACGUGGGGCUGAGGUUCCUGGGUAUAAAAAAAAACCCUAUAAAAGUGACUAUUGCUCUAAAAAAAAGUUAUUUCUUAAUAAUUAAAUAAUUGAUAAGUAAGAGACUAUUAUCACUCUUCACGUGUCAACUAAUUAUUAUAUUUCUAUUUGAUAAUUCAUUGGAAAUAAAACAAUUAUCAAUAAACAACAUUUUUAAUAUUUAGGACUCAACUUUAAUUGCGGAUCUUCAACAUAUGAGUUUGUUGUUUCUUUUCUUUUCUUAACAUGAGUUUGUUGUCUCCAAGGUUGGAUUUUUAGAGUUGAUGCUGAAAAGUUAUUAAAAAUAAUGGAAGAAUAAUAUAUCCUCUCUCUUAUAUCUUAUUAAAUGAAGAAAUGGAGUAUUUACAAAAAAUAGAUUGUAAUUUAAGUUCCACACCAGAUUUAGUGGUUAAAAAAUGUAGUCAAAAUAGCAUUUUAAAUCUUAAAACUUUACGAUUUUAGGUUAUCAAAAUUAAUCUACACAGAAUCACACUUUUUGACUACAUUUUGUGCAAUAAUGCCGUCAAAGCGUUUUCAAGGUCAAAAGUUUAUGCUUUUACGCUUCUCGGUCACCGAAACGCUUCUAACUAGAAUCAUGCUUUGAAUGUGUUGGUUAGUACACCACAAAUCCCAACAGAAUUAAGAUUUUCGAAGAUAAUCAAUGAUCUCCAGCAACAGUUGUGACUAGAAUGAGGUGAAUCCUUUGUUGUGAAAAUUAUUUUUCAUAUAUGGUUAAGUUUAGGUAUUGUUUGCUUUUCGGAUUUGACACCCAAAUCCCAAGAGUCAAGGAGUUGGCACAAAUCCAUCGUUUGAUAAGGGACACAAAUCGGUGGGGCUCACGAAUUUGCAAAUCCCACAUUUCAUUUGAGACCUAUGGUAAAAAUUAACUUAACAAACAAUAAUAUUAGUCUUUUUUGAAUACCCAUAAUACUGUGUCAUGAAGUUUAUUAUGAGUUGAUAUUCCUUCCAUGAGUCCUACAAUUUUAACUUCAACCAGAAUCUGCAUAUAUAGAAUACAAUGAUUACAAAGUAAUAAUAUGUAUAAUGAAUACUCAUUUUCUAUUUUCUCAAUAAUUGAAUAAUUUCACUUUCUUAAUGGCCAACUAUAUUGGUAUUUUUAAAAAUUGAUAGAAUUACUUUUUAAUUUGCAUUACAUUCACAUAUUAUCAUGACGCGAAUAUAAAAGAAGAGAAUAUCACUAGAAUUUAAACUUUGAACAUUUGUUAUCUACGAUUAUCGAUCAUUUUGCAACCGGCCAACGGGCCGGGGUAUGAUCUAGUAUUACAUAACGUAUAAGUGGACGAAUUCCAAAAAUACACAUGUUUUUAAAAAAAAUUCUCAAAUACACACGUUAUAAAAAAAAAUUCCCAAAAUACACAUGUUUGGGCAUCACCGCUGUUGUCAACCGCAGUGAAUGCAUUCACCGCGGCAGACCAAAGCGGUGAAUGCAGAUGACGGCCGCGGUGAAUGCCCGACUUAACACUGAAACUUCAAACAAACGUAACUUUGCGCUCGAUUAUCCGAUUGUAGCGAAAUUUUUUUUGAUUCCAUAUAACUUUUCAAGAUCUUUCAAUCUGCAACAAGACUUCAUCUCAAAAAAAUGUCUUUUGUUACCCAGAACGAGCAAUUUUUCGAUUUUUCUAAACUUUGGAAGGACAUAACUUUUAGCUCCUUAAUCCGAACGUCGUAAAGUUUUUUUUGAUUGCGCAUGACUUUUUAAGAACUACAACUUUGACUAGGAAAUAAUUUUUUUUAAAAGAAGUAUUUUUGGGUAUACGGGAUUUUGGGAAUAACUUUGCCUUUACUUUUCACAAAUCCACAUACUUUGCAAAAUUAUGGUUAUAAUCAAAGUUGUAGUACUUCAAAAGUUAUGCAAAAUCAAAAAAAGUUUUAUGACAUUCGGAUUGUGGAGCACAAAGUUAUGAUCUUCCAAAGUUUGUCAAAAUCGAAAAAAUUGCUCGGUCGGGGUAGCAAAUGAUUUUUUUUUGGGAUGAAGUCUUUUUUCAGAUUGAAAGAUCUUGAAAAGUUAUGUGGAAUAAAAAAAAAUUCGCUACAAUCGGAUAACCGAGCGCAAAGUUACGUUUGUUUGAGGUUUCAGCGUUACGUCAGGAAUUCACCGCGGCCGUCAACCGCGGUGAUGCAUUCACUGCUUUGGUAUGCCGCGAUGAAUGCAUUCACUGCGGUUGACAACAGCGGUGAUGCCCAAACAUGUGUAUUUUGAGAAAUUUUUUUUAUAACGUGUGUAUUUUAGGAAUUUUUUUUAAAACAUGUGUAUUUUGGGAUUUUUCCCCGUAUAAGUUACCUUUCGACGCUCCUUUGAAAAACUCCAAUUUGAUGUACAUUUAGAAUGUGACGAAUUGGAUAACGAAUCAAAUAAAAAGACACCGAACACACAAUCUAACAUGUGUUGGCAAUACUUACUGUACAUAAGAAGAUUCGAUCUUUUUAUUAUUGUUGUGAUUAGAGUUGUGACACACAAAAACUCCACCCAUUAUACUUUCUCGGCUAGAGCUGUGAUUAGAAGUUUCUAUUAUUUUGUGAUAAUGAUUAGAUGUUUCUAUUAUUGUUGUCAUCACAGACAAUCACAGUAAGAUCACUAAUAAAACUAAAAUGUGCAAAUAGCGUAAUGUAACACAUGAACAUCCCGAAUGCCUAGCUCGGACGGAAGGCAAUCAAUGCAACUGAAUAUUGCAGAAAACAACUAGAAGUGAAAAUUUUGCAGCACUGAAUAUUGCAGAAAACAACAUGCUUAUGCUUAUGUACAAAAUAACAAUACAUCUGAUCUACAGUUUGGCAUUCUCAUGAAACACUAGGUUAGCGGAAAUGUGGAGUGCAAAUUAAUUGUCACAGUAAAAAGAAGUAGGAAUCAACCUGAAAGAAUCAAACUCACUAAUAAGCUAAAUUUCCAAAGGACCUCACUGAUAGUGCUAGUUAGUCAUGUCACGGGUCAAUGAUCAUAUUUGAUGGUCACCUAUGACAAAUUGAACGAAAUUUCAUAGCGAGUUGAUAAUGAUGUGAACGGAUUUAAGAAACUGAAAAGUUUUAAGUGACAAAUGUGAAAGAAACUAAUAAAUCGAGUGACCAAAUAUAUGAUUUAGUAAACAUUAGUAUAUAAACUAUAUAUAUAGAAUCUAGGUCGAAAAUCAAACUCUCCACCGCAACCCUUUAUGAGUUCAGCCGACUCUAGCUCUUACGUCAAAGCGCAACUGAAAAGAUGGAUUUCUCAAUUCGCGUCGCCGUAGAAACCAUUCUCAACGAAGUUAGCGGCGACGGCGUUGCCAGAAACGUCAUCGUAUCUCCUGCAUCUCUGGAUAUCUUGCUCCGGUCACUGGCUUGCGGAGCCAAAGGCCCAACUCUGGCCCAGAUGCUCGAUUUGCUCGGAGCACAUGGCAUCGAAGAUCUCAACUCCAAAGCCGCCGCAACCAUGGAAGUCUUGCGCUUAGCCGCACCUGAAAACAAUCCACCCGUCGUUGCCGAUGUUGAUAACGACGACGACGACAGCAGGCCGUACCGGAGGCGGAGGCCCAAAUACGACGAUGAGGAUGUCCCGGCAAUCGUUUCCUGCGGCAACGGGAUCUGGGUUGAUCGCCGGUUCACUGUCAAGGCUUCUUUCGGGAAGCUCCUUGCCGAAAUUUAUCGGGCAAAGUCCAGCAGUGUCGAUUUACAAUCCCGGCCAGAGGAAGCGGUGAAGGAAAUCAACGCAUGGGCUGAAAAAUCAACAAAUGGGCGCAUAGACAACGUGUUGAGCCCUCAAGAUAUUGAAAGCAACACAGCGUUAGUACUCACAAACGCACUCUACUUCAAAGCAAUGUGGUAUGGCCGGUUCUUCCCACACUGCACCAGCAACAACGACUUCUACCUCCUCGACGGGACCACCACCGUCACCGUGCCAUUCAUGAGAAUGUGGAAACAUACAUACUAUUAUGCAUCCUUUGACGAGUUCAAGGUCUUGAAGCUGGGUUACCAGUCGGGGCGAAGUAACGGAUCCCCUAGUUUCUCCAUGUACUUUUUCCUCCCGCACAAGCCAGAUGGGCUGCCAGAGAUGCUGGACCAUCCCCUGUUCCGCAGCUCUGAGGCAUUAUCACAAACACUUGGCGGGCUUGAGCCGGUGAGGCUGAAAAAGGUUCGGAUUCCCAAGUGGAAGUUCGCCCGGAAGUUCGAGCCCACGGAGACGAUGGAGAAGCUGGGUCUGACGCUGCCGUUUAAAUUGACGGGAGACCUGGCCGAGAUGCUGGAGGAAGGUGGGGAGUUGUUGUAUGUUUCCAAGGUGAUUCAGAGUGCUUGCAUUGCUGUGGACGAGGAUGGUACGGAAGCUGCUGCUGUGUCGGCAGUUCUUCCGGGGCAUGGAGCUGUCCGAUAUUCUCCUCCGCAGGAGAAGUUCAUUGCGGAUCAUCCCUUCGUGUUUAUGAUCGUGGAGAGCAAGUCUCAGGUUGUGCUUUUCGCUGGAGCUGUGUUCAAUCCCCUGGAUCAGGAGUAGCUAUGGCCUUUUGGUGAAAGAUUGCUUCGUUUUGUUUGUGACUUAUUUUGUUGAUUUCGUGUUAUUAUGCUAUUAUUAUUCAUUGCUGGGAUUUUGUUAAUAUAGUGCUGGUCCUUUCUGAUCAAAUCUCAUGUCGUCCAAGUCAAAGGCCAAUGCCUACAAAAAUUCAUACUCAAACUGGUUGGUGGAGUGCCACCUGAGACCAGACAUAUGUUUGAAGAAAAACACUAUCACGAAAGACGAUAGAAUGAUGCAAGACGAUAUUGACGUUGAUACUUCAUGGAACCUGAUUACAUGCUGGCAAACAAAAGAACAUACCCGAUUCUUCCUCUAGCAAACCAUUCCUGGAGGUAUUAGUGUGAAAAUAAGCUCAAGUUUUGAUGUUUCACUUAGCUCAUACACUCCAUGAGAAUAGAACUAUAGACUGGCCUGGAAAGCAUAGUCACGUCUCUUCUUGAAUAUUUCUGGUUGUAUAAUGAAUUGACAAAUCCCUC